UAGGGGGCGACAGGCUCCUGCUAUCACGCUGGAGCCGGUAACGGGGCGGAGAAGAAGAAAAAUGCAGUUAACUGUUUGUUUUGAUUGCAUUAAUCAGCUCGUGUAGGUUAGCAGCAGUCAGCCUCAUUCGAUCUGAGUGGAAAUAUUACCGUAUGGCUUUCUUUUUAUGAGCUACGAGGGUAAAGUGGGGAGGAGUUCAGAUUUAAAUAGUUAAAAUCGACUAACUGGACCAGCUACUUCACAUGUUAGCGAACAUCGGAGCUUCCUUUAAACAUUUUUAUCCUGAGAACAGCGAAGAAUAGGAGAGACUGUAAUAAUCACACGAGUGCAGGUGGUGUGGUCAGGGUUUUCCAACCUGUCCGUCAGACCUCCGUGUGACUCUUGUUUGAGUGGAGGGGGAGGGAACAGGAAGGGAAAACACCCGGGGUCAGGAUGCCUCUAUUCUUCAGGAAGAGGAAGCCCAACGAGGACUGCCAGAAGAGACUCGAGUAUCAGCUGUGCCGGUCUAAGGAAGCUGGUGCUGAUGACAUCCUGGACAUCUCAGCCUGUGGGCUGUCAGAGGCCCCCUCGAGUGCCUUUUCCAUCAGCAAAGUGCUUCAUAAGAAGGUACUUAUCCUCCACAACAACGAGCUGCGGCAUCUGGUGCCCAAAGGCAUUGACAUCAGCACCCUCAUUACAUUAAAGGUUUUAGACCUGCAUGAGAACAAACUCACCUCUCUGCCAGAGGACAUCGGGAAACUGACGGCGCUGCAGAUCCUGAAUGUGGAGAAGAACCGUUUGAAGGCCCUGCCAGAUUCCAUCGGGAACCUGUGCCUCCUGCAGACUCUUAAUUUAAAGGGAAACUGCCUCACUGAGCUGCCGUCCUCUGUUGGUUCUCUGAGCAGCCUGCGGACACUCGAUGUGAGUGACAACAACAUUGUGACGCUUCCCAAAGCGCUGGCCUACAUCCGCACCUUAGAGAGUUUUAGCCUUGAUGCUGCCAUGAUGUCCUUCCCACCUUCGUCUGUGUGCACAGAGGGAACAGAGAGCAUCCAACGCUUCCUGUGCACGGAGCUGGGAGAGGAGUACUGCCCACCCUCUCAGUACCUCCUGCCGGUGCUGGAGAGCGACGGCAGCAGGCAGAGCUCCGACUGCCUGGAUGGGUUGGAUGAGGCCUGGCAGAACAAAUUUAGUGACUACGAGAAGAGAAAGGAGCAGAAGCAGCAGGAGAAGUUGGCCUUCGAGAAGCACCUGGAGGAGAAGCAAAGGGAGCAUACCCAGCUUGUAAUGAUGAAAAACUCCAACAAGGAGAACAUCCUCAACUCAGUCCGACAGGAGCAGGAGAGGGUGGAGCAGGGCGUCAGCAAGCAGCAGAGAGCUCAGGAGGCUGAGAGGCAACUGGUGCUGGAGAAAGUCAGACAAGCUGAAGACAACAUCAGCAGUCGCAUCAGCAGCCUGCUGAUGGACAACAACAGGCAGAAAAAGAGUGCAGAGUUCCUCCAAGCCAUGGAGGAGGAUCGGAUCCGUAUGGAACAUCUGACCACCAUCACGCAGGAAGAAGCUAACUCACUGAGGAAGAAGGAGGUGGCAGCGGCCAUGCAGAAGAUGCUGUCUGACAGCUGCGCCAUGAGCCUCCUCCAGGAGGCCAGUGACUACCGCAGACAGAGCCUGGUCACUGAGGCCUGCAGGAGUUUAGAGAAUUUAGACAGGAAGUUUGACAAGAUGCUGUGCCUCCAAGUUCUGGACAAGUCCAAAGCUAUCGCCCAGAUCUUACAGGAGGAGGAGAUGCAGAAGGCAGCAUUCCAGGCGCUGCAGCUCCAAAAAGACGCCGUUCAUGGGUACAUCCGUAACCAGAUCCAUCUCAUAGAGGGUGAGUUAAUGCAGCUGACUAAACUGGAGAUUAAAAGACGCAAUCUGGAUGCUGAGAACCUGCAGGAAGUUCUGGUGGAGCAGCGCACGGCGCUCAGCGACAUGUUGCAGCAGCUGCUGAAGCAGAGAGACCAGCGAGAGCAGGAGCUGCUGCAGGUUCUGGCUGAGAUGGAGCUGAAGUCUGAGUCCAACCAGCAGAACUACUGGAUGAUCCAGUACCAGAGGCUGCUGGACGCUAAGCCGCUGUCACUCCGCAUGCAGGAAGCGGGUGUGGAGAAGGAGCUGGUGAACUUGCUGUGCAAACUGUCCGCUCAGCACUACCUGCCCAUUCUGGCUCAUCAUCGAGUGACGACCGAGGCGCUUCACCACAUGAGCUCCUCCGACCUCAAGAAGUUGGGCAUCAGUGAAGCAGGAAUCCAGAAAGCUCUUCUGAACUGGGCCCGGGAACGCCAGCCUCAAGGACCUUGUAAAGUCACCAAGCAGGAGGCGGAAGUGGAAGUCACCCCCUCUGCGCCAUCUCCUUCCCCGCCUCCGUUCUUUCCCAGCACCUCAAACAUCCAAAUGCCCAGCCCACCACUCACCCCGGGGACCCCGGGGACCCCCGUCACCCCGUCAGCACCUACCCCCGUGGAAGGGCCGGGAAGCUCAGACUGUGUGGUCUGCAUGGAGACCGGGUCUCAGGUGAUCUUCCUGCCGUGUGGUCAUGUGUGCUGCUGUCAGGUGUGUAGCGAUGCCCUGCAGAACUGCCCUCUGUGCCGGGCCAACAUAUCCCAGCGCAUACGCCUCUACCACAACUAGACCCUCUUCCCUCACCAACUGUCACUUUCAGCUAUUUAUGCAUGACGAUGAAGCUGCUGCUGUGUCGUGUCGAAAAGCUUUUCGUGGGUUUUUAAAGCGCUGAGCCACUUUUCCUGUAAUCACCAAACUGUAUUCUGUGAAGGACAUUCUCAGAUCUUUUUAACGUGUUUCCAGUCGUCUCUGGUGGAUUUAUUUGUGUCUGUUCUGUUUAAGUUGUGUAAUUUUUAUUUUAUGUGAUAUAUAAAGAGCCGAGUGGAUGACACCACUCACUGACUGUUCACUGCCUUCAUGACUGAUGCGUGCCUUUUUCUAUGAUUUUUUUUUUAUUUUUAUUUUAAAUUCUAGUGUAGUAACCAAAGCUUAACGUUUAAAUAACUCAGUAUAGUCUGGUGAUCCUUAAAGAUUUCUGUCCUCAUUGCUCAUCGUUUCCAUCUCUGAUUCGGCCUCUUACUGCUGCUUUUCCUUUCGUCCAUCUGUUUCACCUGUACCAUGUAACAAAUGUCACCUGUCUGUGUGUAGCAUCACUAAUGCUGGUGUAUUUUACCAAGUGCUCUUAACCUCUCGCAUGCUUCAGUAAAGUCUCUCCUUUAAAAACUCCACAUGAGUUUGUUCAGUGUCAGAGAUUCCACCUCAGCGCCAAUGUGAUGAUAUCGUCAGACUGUAUGAAUAUAAAAUCCAUACGUGUCA